GAACAUGGUUCGUUCCAAAAUGGCGGCGGUUUCUGUCAAUAUGGAGUGAAACUUUCCCAUUUUUAGCUCGAAAAUUUUGCGAUUUUCCCAACACCUUUUCCGACGUGUAGUGACACUUUUAAGAAAAUAAGCGUCGUCCCGCUCCACCGACGUUCGUCGCUGACCGAUCGGAUCGCACGGCGUCGUUGUGUUGGACGUUUGUGAGCCCGAUCCCUUGGCUGGAAGUUGAUGUGUGUGACAUUGCGAUCAUACCGACUGUUGUCAUCGUCAGGUUUCUCAACGCGGAACCGUCCGCUGACUGUCUACCGGCCGUGGGGCUCGUCAGCUUGCCGAUAAGUGUUUUUCGUUCGGCUGGGUUCGUGAAGAAGCGUGUGGACGUGUCGCUGCUGUUGGAUGUUACCAGCACUCAGUGUCAGGCUCACUUUGGUUUGCUAGCAUCGUCCAUCCUGGCAAAUCAAAUGGAGAAGCUUCAGGACCUGAGCCAAUCAGAGCUGCAGGAGCUCCUGGACAACUCGGAGAGGGUGGAGUCUAUGGCUCUAGAGUCCGACGAGAUCCAGAACAUCCAGCUGGAGAGAGAAAUGGCACUGGCAUCAAACCGCAGCCUGGCCGAGCAAAACCUGGACAUGAAACCUCGUCUGGAGUCACAGAAGGAGAUGCUGGUGGGGAGAUAUUCUGAGCUUGAGGCAGUUAGAGAAAAGUACAAAGAACACCGUGCACUGAGAGAUGGGAUGGCUGGUCAGGUGUCUCCAGAAGCGAUGUUCUCCAGACUACAGGCAGAGGGCGCCAAAACGGAGUCAGAGUCAGAGGUGCUCGCUGAUGAGUUUCUAGAGGGCUCUCUGUCUUUGGACUCCUUCCUUGAUGGAUUCCUCUCCCUGCGUUCUCUCGCUCACAAAAGAAGGGUACAAAUAGAGAAAUUCCAGGAGCUUUUGAGACAGAGGAGCGAGGGCAAUCCCACCACCGCGACAUCAACGGCAUGCAUUAACCAUGAUCCCGCCGCCACGCCAUCACCAUGGAAUCAACACACGACAACAGCAACGACACCGCAGCAGCCGAACUCCAAACCUCAGCCCACCAGCUACCAAAAUGCCUCUCAGUCCACCUCAUCUGCCGGGGGGUCUUCUGGCCUCCCUUACACCCCUUACCCAGUCGCUCCACCCAACCCUCCCCCAUCCGCUGCCGCAGCAGGUUCUGGUCCACCAAAUCCUCCGUCACAGUUCCCUCCAUACCCAAGUUCCGGUUCUCCUUUUACUCCAGCAGCAGGCUACUCGGGCACCAGGCCUGCUUUUGGGCCUUCAGCUUCAUCCACCUGCCCUUAUCCAACCCAGCCCUCCUUCCCUGCACCAAGCCCAGGCUCAGCAUUCGGGCAGUACACCCCCAGCCAACCCCAGAGAGGCCCAGCACCCUACCCAGCAUCCUACACCUAUGGCGGCUACAGCUAUCCAGCUGGGCCCACCUACUCCAGCUCAGAGUCACCGACAGGGAGACCCAUCUACAGACCAGGAUAUGGAGUGCCGCAGCCAUUCUCCUGAGAGCACUGCUGAUCAUCUACACAAAUCUCCUCCUCUUUCCUGCCUUGUUUUCUGAACUCCCUUCUCCCUGAAGUCCUCUCCUUCCUCUCUUUACCUUCACCAACUACCCUCUGCCUUUCACCCAUGAUCCUCCCUGACAGUCUGAUUCAAGAUGGUCUUCGCUUUACUUAACUUUGUUGCACUAUUUCUCUCUAUUGGUCUCUUUCUCUCUUUCCUUUGCCCCCCCAGUGUCACGACCCCAUCCACAUCCCACCCCAAUUGCCCACACUAGUCUCAGGUUGUUUUGUUAAGACUCUACCUUGUGUUUGUCCCCUUAAUGCAUUAACUCCCUGUCUCCACACUUCCCCUCCUGCUCUACAUCUAGUGUGUGUUGUUAUUUGGCAAUCAGUGUGUCCUUAUAAACACACACUUACACUCCAUCACAGUCACAGUCCAGUAUGUGUUCAGCAGUCAGUCAGUCUGGGAUACAUUGUGUCUGUAGGGAUGGGGGUAAAUAAUAAUAAUAAUAAAAAAAAUCCACCUGCAUUAAAGACUCUUGAGGGACAUUCUUCAGAUGUUUGUUUCCAAGGUUGGAUUAGUGGAUUAAAAUGGGAUUGAGGCCCCUAUAGAGUUCCCGUUAUAAACUGAAUAUGCAGAGUUUUGUUGGGUGUAGCUGAUGAAACCAGGGUGUAGUCUCGUCUACAGCUGCCUGGUAUAUCGGCACUCACACACACACACACCACAUGGACUAUUUCACCUGUAUGUGGCAAAUGAUAGAAGAAGUAGGUUUUAGUUUUCAGUUUCAUCACACACAAGUAACUGUGGGCACUGUGGCCAAAAACACAUCACAUCAUUGAUUGAUUUUCUUCAACCAAAGAUCCUCAAGUUUGUCGCGUCCUUCAGUCUGAGGCUUUUGGACAUUGCUGGCUAUAAGUUUGGGCUGGUUUUGCUUCAGUUGUUGACUGUUGAUGCAACAGUUGACACUCAGAUGAAAAUGGUAGUUGUUUGUGGGUGUGGCUACAGGCAGUGUGGCCGCAUUGUAAUGUUUUAGUUCCGCUCGCUCCCAAUGAGCUACGGAUCAUCCUGGUGGCGAAACGCAGAGCUGGAAACUGUCAGAGUUAAAGGAAAAGUUAACUCUGUUAGAACUAAAUCAUGUUAAAACAUUGUUGGAAAUCAAGCCUCUGAGUGCCAGACUAAACUUUGAUUGCUUCAGUUGCACGAAAAAGCUUUUUGUUUGUUAUUUUUUGUGAGUUAAUAAUAUGGCGUCCGUACCUGCAGAUAAAAAUGUAGCAUGUUUUCCAAAUAGCAGUGAACUAGGUUUGCAGAGGAUGAGAGGGAUCAGGUCUGUCUGUCUGUUCACAAGUAAGGUUAAAGGGAUGUAAUUAACCCCAGUUUGCCAAAGUUGAACAUAAACAGUUUUCUGUCAAAAUGGUGUAAUUGUAAGCCUUUCUGGAAUGAUAUCUGCAAAAAGGUUGGCGUUAUGUAUAUGUGGCAGGGACUUCAGUAGUAUGAACUGGAUUCAUCACGUAACUCGGAGCUGCGAUGUAAGUAAUUUUGCCAUUUUCCACACCUUAGACAAAUUCUGCAGUGGAAUCAGCUCAAUAUUCCCAUUUUGUCGCACAUCUGGUCUCUGCAGUCUUUGCAACUUGCGCUGAUGCGCCUCUAUGGUGAAAACUGCAUUUAGAGCCCUGCUGCAGGCUUGCUGUUGAUAACCGUGUAUUUCCUUUGACAGGAUUUCUCUCACGUCAUGCAGUCCAAAGCUGAAUUCUGCACUCGCAGGCUUGAUUACUGACAAUAUUUUAAUAAGACUUAAGUUCGUAUUUACAAUUAAACUGAAGUUCUCCUUUAUACAUCUUAGCAACAAAAAAUGGCUGUCUGAAAUCAAACAUACGUUUUAGACUGCCCUCCUGCCUUCACUGUAAAUUAAACACAUGGAAGUGAUUAAAAACCUUCCUUUUGCUGCAAAAUGUAGACCUGCGGUUUACAGUGAAUUUGAUAGUUUUUACAAAGCGUGAAAGGCUGCAGCUUUUCCACUUGCUGUCUUUAUUUGCAGCGUUUAUAGAAUCAUUUGGAUUUUAAUUCCUGUGUAAUCUGACCUGCGGCUAAUAACUCCAGGCCCAGUGUAGAUAAAAUCGACUUGAACGUAAUGCUCUCUGAAGAUUCAUGCCACAAAUGGCAAAAAUUCUUCCACUUUGUGUUCCAUCACUCAUCUGUGACCCCUGAACACCGUCACUUCCAUCCAUCUACAAACUUUCAUCGCUCUUCUUCCUCUCCAGAUUUGCUUGUUCAACAUGAGCUGAUACUUGACAAUGAAUAUAAGAUGAAAAUGUUUAUUUCU